CCGUCGCCGGAGCCGACCGUAAAAUCUGAUUUCUGUAGACGUGUCGUCGCUCGCCCCAAACCGAUUCGAUACGGCUGGGGAAAACGACUUGGGAACGCGAUAAGGGUUCUGGAGCGGCACGGAGAGGAAGGGUAAUUGGGUAUACUGGGUCAUUUGAGGCCAGGUGACCAGUGGGAUAGGUGUACAUAUUAUUUGGUGAGAAAGGACAAGGCUUUGGCCGAGGACUUCUUUCUGUGCGGUGUGGCAAGGAGGGGUUUCGAGGGGCACAAACGUGGCAAUCUGUAAGGUAAGAGCUAACCGAAACCCAAACUGAUAAUUGUGCAACGUACACAAACCUCGCUCGCACCGCUCCACUCGCUCGCGGGUUAUCAGCUGGAGUGACAAGCGGAAAUUAAAGUUGAAACCGACACGAUUACUUCAUUAGUUCUGUUUGCAGAGCGCCGAACAAGUGGGCGGGUGUCUUUGGGCGGGGCGGCAGGAGGUCAGAGGUCAGGCAGGAGUUGGCAAGGUCGCCGCGGAUGUUUGUACUCGAUUGAUAGAUUGGAUUGUCAGUGGCCAUAACUAACCAAUUAGCGAUUUGCCAUUCGUAGCAGGCAAAGCCAGGCACUCAUGGUGGGUCGAUGGGCCAGGAGGAGGCUCCCGGGCAGGUGCUCCAAGGUGAAACGCAGCCAGAAAUAAGUGAGCCCAGCCAAGUCGAGUUAAGCUGAAGACUUGGACCCAAUUCGAUCAGGUGCAAGCGACAGAAGCAGCGAAGAAAACACAGAGGCCACGUUUUCGAAGGGGGUACAGUAGAGCCUCUGGUGACUAAUCAGCCUCAGCAAGGAGCUUCAAGGAGUUGGACUACAUCCCUAAAACGCUGCAUAGAAUUCUGCACACUAUAAGCAGGAAUUUUCACUUUCACUCUAACAUUAUUUAAUAUUUCCCAGUUUGCGCGAUAUUUGUGACCCCUUUAGGCGCCCUUCACUGCCCUCGGAUGAGUGGAGCCCUGAGGAGAUGUCAUUGGCUUGGACGUGGACGAAAGCGAAAGGUGUAGACGCAGACAGAGACGGAGACAGAACUUCAGCGAAUAUGCCAGGGUACGUCAAAAGAAAUGAAUUACCCGGCCUGGAAUCUCGGCGGAGGAGGAGGCGGGCCUGGAAAGGUGCUCCAGGCGGAGGAGGGACCGGCUCAGCCCCGAGUCGCACUUUGCUGCAAAUGCAAAAACUUUAGACAGGGAAUCAAUUGUUGUUACCUUGUUUUAUUUCGCCCAAGACACGCAACAACAAUGGAACCCUCGAAGGGAGAGGUUAAGAUGGAGAACACGGCGAGAAGAAAGAACCGGGGACUUGGACACACUAUACUUCCUUGACGCGAAGGGAUUAUAAAAAGAAUUUCCCUUGACCUCACGGACAAUGUGAACGCGCAGAACGAGAGCGAAACGGUGUUCCUGAAGAUCGAGGCCAACUUCCGCGAGGGCCAGAUCAUCCGCAGCAUGUUCCAGCCGGGCGAGGGCUGGCAGCAGGAGGAGAUCUCGAAGAACUGGAAGUGCGACGGCCCGAAGAACCCACUGCAGCCGGGUCAGAGCUUCACCUUCCGGGUGGCGGUGCUCCAACGCUGCUUCGAGAUCUACGUGAACGACCAGUUGUACGGAUCCUUCGAGUUCGUCAAGUUCCCCAAGCAAAUCAACUACGUGCGGACCUACGGCGACUUCGAGAAGAUCACCCAGUUCCACCACCGCAUGCUCUUUCCGCUCGUCUUCCCGAGAACCCUCAUGUGCCCGGACAAGGUGGCCUUCCAGAGCGACGUGCCCCGGCGGUACGAAACCGGGACUGUGGUGGCCAUGGAGUGCAUCGCCAAGGGGCCUCCGACCACGGAGUUCUCCAUCUGUUUCCAGUGCAACGACACCGGGCGGACGGUGCUCCGCUUCCAUGUGAACUUUGAUCGGACGACGGUUUCACGCAGCUACCAGCGGGAAGAUAACAGCUUUGCCCUAAGCGACGAGGAGACCGAGGGUGAAUUUCCGUUCGUGCGAGGAAAGCUCUUCAAGAUCGCCUUCGGACUGGGGGACCGUGCCUUCCUGAUCGCCGUGAACGGGCAGUACUUCACCUACUACAACUUCCCCGGGCGCCCCUUCUCCAUCUCCACCCUAAAGUGUUUCACCAACGAAGUGGGCGACUUCGCCGUGAGGAGCAUGGAGUACCACUCCGAUUCCCCGCUUCUGGCCCGCGUGGAGAAGCUGUCCAUCAUCUAGAAGGAAGGACAUCCUGGGUUCUUCCAAGAUCUACUCGAAUUUCCGUAGAAUGCUCUUUGUUCAAUCGUUGGCUUUGAUCACUACAGCACCAGUUAACUUCUUCUUGUGAGCAUCCAAAUAAAGCAAAGCAGCUCGUCCAAGCUA